AUGUGCUUUGGACGAGUGCCGCGAGCUGGAACUUGCCAGACAGGCGUGAACAGUGAGGACAGCUGUCGAAAGGAAGACGAGGGCUUGUUCUGGCCCUGGUGGUAUUACACCGUUGGAAUGGGGAUGUUAUUGCCCGAUGAGACUUACGAGGAACGAUCCUCGUCCUCGAGACGAAGCUCCUGUCCCAAUGUUUUGGCGGAGAUCGACGAAGUUGAGGCGGCGAAGGCUUUAGCUGCGUUCAGGAAGUGCGACGAGUUCCUCAAGAGGCACAGGAUCAGGCCUGAGUUCUUCUGCAGGCACAGGGAGAGACUGGCGUUGCAGACUUGGCUGUUGCAGAGGUCCAAACUGUCUUCCGAUGCCUCGUCGUCGAACGAAGCGGUGCACCUCCAGCAGCGUCUCAGGAACCUGAGUACGGAACUUGUGACCCUGAGGAACCGGCUGCACGUGAACCAGCCGCCGAACAACAAUUCAGGGCCGAACACGGCGGCAUCGGCGCCCCUGUCUAAGAGCCCGGAAAAAGGUGGCGUACCGUCGUCCCCGGCACCAGCUGUCCCACCUAGGGCCACGUUACCACUAGCUGGUACCCUGCCCCACGGACUUGGUCAUCCUUCGGGGCACACGUUGACGGCGUCAGCGAUCGUUCAUCCGCACGUCAAUCAUUCCAGCGCGAACACGCUCGGCCACAACUCGACCGCGGCUAAUAAUUUAAUAUCCGACUUGGAUCCACCGAAACGACACAAUGGUAUCCCAGACGACGGCAUAGUGUCGUGCGUAACGGCGCUGGGCUGUCUACGUUCGCCUCCGAUCUCGAGCAUCAUCGCCGACGUGAAAAACGCGAAGAGUAACCAGGGCCAGCAUCGAUGUCUCCCGAAAGGCAAUGCGGCUUCCUCAGGGCCCGCGAAUUCCACGGCCUUGGACGACCUCAUUCAUCUACCCGGUCCUCUCACGGAGGAUGCGGUCCUCAAGUGUCUGCAGGCUCGAUUUUGCGCCAAGCAGUACCACACGAACGUGGGCCCCAUACUGGUCUGUAUCAAUCCAUAUACGGACGUCGGGAAUCCAUUGACCUUAACGAGUACCAGGGCCGUACCCUUGGCGCCCCAGCUGAACAAAGUUGUCCAGGAGGCCGUGAGACAGCAAUCGGAGACAGGAUACCCGCAGGCGAUCAUCCUUUCCGGAACCAGUGGUUCUGGGAAAACGUACGCGUCCAUGCUGUUACUUAGACAAUUAUUCGACGUGGCUGGCGGUGGUCCAGAGACAGACGCUUUCAAACAUUUGGCAGCGGCGUUCACGGUCCUCAGGUCUUUAGGAUCUGCAAAGACCGCAACUAAUUCCGAGAGUUCGAGGAUAGGUCAUUUUAUCGAGGUCCAGGUCACGGAUGGUGCGUUGUACAGAACAAAGAUUCACUGUUAUUUCCUGGAUCAAACGAGAGUCAUCAGGCCUCUCCCGGAUGAGAAGAAUUAUCAUAUAUUUUACCAGAUGCUGGCUGGAUUGUCGCACGAGGAACGAGUUAAGCUGAAUUUGGAGGGUUACAACUUGAAGAAUCUCAGGUAUCUGCAGCAUGGAGACACCAGGCAGGACGAGGCUGAGGAUGCCAUUAGGUUUCAGGCGUGGAAGGCCUGUUUAGGGGUGCUAGGUAUACCUUUCCUGGACGUGGUUCGAGUGUUAGCAGCUGUCCUGAUCCUCGGCAACGUGGGCUUCACGGAUCGUCCUGGAGUGGAGGUCGGCGUCAUUGGAGAGAACGAACUAGCCUCUGUGGCGGCUCUCCUUGGCGUACCACCUCCAGCAUUACUCAGAGGUCUCACGUCGAGGACACACAAUGCCCGUGGCCAGCUUGUGAAGUCGGUCUGCGACGCGAAUAUGUCUAACAUGACCAGGGACUCGCUGGCCAAAGCACUGUAUUGUCGUACGGUGGCCACGAUCGUCAGGAGAGCCAACAGUCUAAAGAGACUGGGAUCCACCCUUGGUACAUUGUCGUCUGAUUCGAACGAGUCGGUGCACAAUCAGGCUGAGGUCACCAGUCAGCAUGCGUCCACCAUUGGCAGCUCUGCAGGUGGUACCGGUUCCAGAAGCAUGACCGCGCUGAACAACGCGGUACGACACGCGACAGACGGGUUCAUCGGGAUCCUGGACAUGUUCGGGUUCGAGGACCCGAAACCCAGUCAGUUAGAGCAUCUGUGCAUCAAUCUGUGCGCGGAGACGAUGCAACACUUCUAUAACACGCACAUAUUCAAGAGCUCUAUCGAGAGCUGCCGCGACGAGGGUAUCCGGUGCGACGUGGAGGUCGACUACGUCGACAACGUGCCAUGCAUUGAUCUCAUUUCCUCCUUGCGCACCGGUUUGUUGAGUAUGUUGGACGUGGAGUGUUCUAUACGAGGCACCGCGGAGAGUUACGUGGCCAAGGUGAAGGUUCAGCAUAAACAGAAUCCGAGGUUGUUCGAACCGAGGACUGUAGACUGCAGGUCAUUUGGGAUCCAGCACUUCGCUGGGAGGGUUACCUACGAUGCCUCUGACUUCCUGGACACCAACAAGGACGUGGUACCAGACGACCUAGUAGCCGUGUUCUACAAGCACACCUGCAGUUUCGGCUUCGCCACUCACCUGUUUGGCAGUGAAUUGAAGGCUCUCUACGCGAGCGACACCGUGCCCAGGGGUGUCAGCUUCAGGAUAUCGCCCACUUCUCACACCGACCUAUUGAACGGGGACGAGCCAAUUUCCACGUUGACGCAGGACUUCCAUACACGGCUGGACAAUCUUCUGAGAACUUUGGUUCACGCCAGGCCUCAUUUUGUCAGAUGCAUCAGGAGCAACGGCACCGAGACGCCGCUUCACUUAGACAGGGGUGUCGCCAUGCGCCAAAUACGAUCCCUUCAGGUCCUCGAAACAGUGAAUCUAAUGGCCGGCGGCUAUCCGCAUCGAAUGCGUUUCAAAGCGUUCAACGCGAGGUACAGGCUGAUCGCGCCGUUCAAACAGCUACGCAGGGCGGAGGAGCAAGCCGUGGAGGACACGAAGCUGAUCCUGCAGAACGCUCAACAGCUGAAGAGCAAAUUCGGCGCGAGCACCAGCUGGGCACUUGGCAAGAGGCACAUCUUCCUCAGCGAGGGCAUUAGGCAGCAGCUCGAGAAUCUGCGCUCGGAAACGCGCAGAAAAGCUGCCACCGUGAUACAGGCGACCUGGCGAGGCUGGCGAGUAAGAAGAAGAUGGCCCCUUCGGAAAACGACGAUAGGAGUGACAUCGGGAAUCGGUCAGAAGAAGCCUCAACAGCCGACCUCGACAAAUACAGGAACAGUUCAAAGAAACGUAACUACAGCGACUGGUACCGGAACUGGAACUCGACCUAGGCCACAGCCAAUAGCAGGCACACCACCUCCAGAUCCGUCGGAGAAGUGUGCAGAUCAAAAGAUGAUCCAGCAAACGUGUACUCUCUUCGGGCUGGAUUUGGAACGACCUCCCCCUGUUCCACCCAGUAGAUCGUACACCGUGACUGGAAACACGAAGUUGGGCUAUCCUCAGACGAGGAUCAUGAAGAUGCCUUUCCCAGAAGAGGGCGAAGGGGAAGUGGUCCUUCUGAAGGGUGAGACGGUCCUGGUCGUGGGUGCGUCUCCCAGGCGAGGUCACCUGCUGGUGGAGCACAACAACAUCACUCUGCACGUGCCCUAUCAGUUCAUGGAGCUGAAACCUUGUAAUAUUAACGUUUGA